UAAUUUUUCUUUUUCGGCUUCUUUUUUUUAAUUAAAAAAAACAAACGCCUAUCUAUUCUCGGACGGAUGAAAAAUUGUGUUUUCGAUGAUGAAAGUGUUGAUAUUUUACACAUAUUUGCAGUUAUUUAAUGUAAAUGAACAGUUUCCAGAUUUAUGAGACGAUUAUAUGUCGACUUGUCAUCAAAAUCAAUAAUAUCAAAUACCUUUUUUGCCGUGUUUCCAACGCCAUAGUCUAAGAGUGUUUAACACACAAUUUUACAACAAUGGCUGAGCCACAUGAAGAACGUUUUGUAAACGUUAUUCCUAUGCCGACGUCUCGCGCCAAAGUUAAGAAAGAAAUACUUCCUGAUGAUGAAGAUGAGUACCACUGCCGGCUCUGCUGGAAAGGGUUCGCCAGUGAGGUUGCACUCCGGAACCAUGCGCGCAUGGAGCAUAUCGAUGCUUAUGCUUCUGGAAACCCUGCGGUUUGGACUCAUGCUAAUGAUAAGAAAAAACCACAAACAGAAGACAGCCUGAUCAAGCUGAAGACACAGCAGGUGCUAUCCGAGAUGGAACCGACGAGCGUGAUGACUCUAGCGUCCAACGAUGUGAGCUACAUUAUCAUCAAGUCCGAUGAAGGUCCAGAAGCGAAGAAGAAGAAGAUUGACCGUGUUGUUAAGAAGGAUAAGGUUAUGAAGGAGGAGAAACAGGUGCCGAGGAAGGAUAAAACUGAGCCUAUCACCGGCCCCUUCGAAUGUCUCCAACCCUCGACCCUGGUGGCAGACGGCACCUGCCACCAGAUAUUCUUCUCAUGCUGCGAGUACUCCGCCCACUAUCGGGACGAACAUACGCGCCGUAGGAAGGGGCUCCGCUGCCAAGUUUGCGAGAAACCACUAGCCUGCAGCGGGGAGGAGGCACCGGCACCUUAUGCUUGCGAGGUAUGCGGCCUAGGUCUACAGACCAGCAAGGAGUUGUCGGAGCACACGGCGAUAGCGCACGUCAAGCUGAAACCGUUCGAAUGUAACGUCUGCCACAAGCGGUUCACGCAGCACGGCGGAGUCCUACAACACAUGCGGAUGCACACCGGAGACCGUCCCUUUCCCUGCACUUUCUGCCCAAAGGCCUUCACCCAGAAAUCAGGCCUGGACCAACAUCUCCGCAUCCACACCAAAGUCAAACCGUACCGCUGUGUAGUCUGCAACAAGACCUUCUGCCAAUCCGUUCACCUGAAGCAGCAUAUGAGAACUCAUACCAACGUUGCUCCGUUCCAAUGUGGGAUCUGUGACAAGCGCUUCAAACAGAGCAGUCAUCUCAACUACCAUCUCAAGAACCACAAUCCUGCGGUUAUGACCGAAGAGCAAAGAGCAAAGUACUCUGAACUCAUCGGUAUGAUGAACAAUCAGGUUUUGGAGCAAGAGGCAACGGUGCAAGUGGAAACUGAGGUUGACAGUGAGUGGUGUGUUGCUAUAGCUGAAAGCUGAAGAUUUUGUGUUUAAAAAGUGAAAAUGAAAUAAAAUGUGAAAAUGUUCAAUUCAGCGCCAUCUAUCGGUAAACGGGCCACGAACAGCCCGGAACAUUCACUUUAAAUGACUGUUUGUGAGUUAGUGAUGAUCAUAAUAUGUCGGCCAUCCAUUAAUUACGUCACACGUUAAGGGGGGAGGGGGGGGGGGUCGACGUAGUGUGAUUUUAUGUGACAAGGGGGCGGGAGGGGUCUUAAAUUUCGUGACGUCACAUUUCAAUUAUUAUAAUCUAACUGUUAAAACACGAACUUGGAACUAUUAUCGAAAAUCUAGAUUCUAGAUGGAAAUUUUUUUAAUGUGACGUCACACUAGGUAGGGAGGUCUCACAAAUGGGACCAAUUGUGACAAGGACGGGGGAGGGGGUCAAAAAUAAUGAAAUUCGUGUGACGUAAUUUAUAGAUGGCCCCUAGUUUUUGUGGAAACUGUGACUUGUGUAGGAUGAACUGUUCAGAAGAUAUUUAGGUGCUAAGGUACCAUUAUACAGUGAAAUGAUUGUAAACUGAUGGUAGCGUGGACUGUCCAGGCGAUACGUACUUAGGUAUCGUCAUGAGCUAAUGGUAACAUGUAAACAGUGACUCGUGUAGUGUAGAGAUUGUCCAGUCAACUGAUGGUAGCGUGGACUGUCCAGGCGACAAACGGCACUGCCAUUAAAUGAAUUAUUUAAAAAUGUACGUCUGUUUACCAUUUUAGGUAGCAACUUUGAUAAUCUUUACGCCAAUGUAUGAUUCCUAUAUGCUGUAUAGAUGUAUUGUAAUAAAUUUUUAGGCCUUUAGGCAUAAAGAACUAUGGGAUGAUAACUCAACGAAAAUAAUUUAUUUCGACUUAUAAAACGAUUGGGCGAUUAACGACUAUUACUCAAAUCCCUCCUGCGUGAGUAAUCUAGACGCAAAGUGAUGCGGCGCGGUGCGAAUACAACAAACUGUGAAAAUGUAUUGACGUGGCCUACCAUUAGUGAAUGAAUUGAAUCUGAUGAGUUACCAUCCCCAUUCCAGACAAAGUAUUAAUGAUAUUAAUUCCUAUCUCGAAAUUUUAGGUUGUAAGUGUUGUGAAUUUUGCAUGUAAAGCAAUAUCUUCCUAAUUUCCUAUUUACUGUAGUUUUAUUAUAUAUAUAUAGGGUGACUGGUAAUUAGUGAACGAUAUUUAAACACGUGAUUGUAUUCAUGAUUACAAACAACUUUGCCAAAGAAACUUUUUUCUAUACUCAUUAGUUUUAUUUUUAUCACAAUAACAAAACAACAAAAUUUCAUUAGCACGCGCGCGUAAAGUUCCAAAAUACCUACCUAGUUACUAGUCUUCCGAUAACGCGGGCACCUCGCUGCUAACAGCUGAUCAUGCAAAAGCACGCGCACGACAUUUUGUUGUUUUGUUAAUGUAAUAAUAAUAAAUAAACAAAUGAGUAUAGAAAAAAGUUUAUUUGGGAAAGUUGUUUGUAAUCAUGAGUACAAUCACGUGUUUAAAUAUCGUUCACUAAUUACCAGUCACCCUAUAUAGUAGUUUUGUUAUAUAGUGAUUGUAUAAUAUAAUUAAAUUAUAUAAGUACAGUACAAUGUGUAUGUGCUUUAAAGUUUAUAGAUUUUAUAGUUAUAAUUAUAACAAUACUUUUAACUUAAAGUAUGGAAAUAUGAUUUCAAUAAAUGAAUUUUUAGAGGUA